CCAACACCGAAGCCAAUUUUACAUAACCAACACCGAAGCCAAUCCCCAACCACCUGCGUCAGAUUGAGCUUCCUCUCAGUCUCAGACACCGCAGAUUCAACAUCAAAUCCAUCCACUCCACGCUCCCCUAGCUUCAAGCUAUCCCUGUUCAGAAACAGCUUCAAAUUCAGAAGUAGUUGUGGAAUCUGUUUGAACAGCGUGAAGACGGGGCUGGGAACGGCAAUUUACACUGCGGAAUGCGGUCAUGCUUUUCACUCCCCCUGCAUCGUCGGCCACGUCAGCAGCAACAACACGUGCCCCGUCUGCAACGCCACGUGGAAAGUCGUUCCUGCCCUUCCGCAACAAAACGACGUCGUAACCACCAAAAUAUUCGAAGCGAAGAAGCAAUCCGAUUCGGUAAGACCAUACGACGACGAUGAGCCUCUCCCUUCUCCCUUCUCCGGUUGCCAAAUCGCUCCGAUUCCGGAGGCCGACGAAAACAACGACGACGAAGACCAAAACGACGUUUUCCAGGGCUUUUUCGUAAAUCCAUCAAAGCCUCCAAUGAUAACGAAGGACGCUGAUUCAAGGAAUGUACGGGUGAAGCUGAUGCCAGAGUGUGCUGUCAUAACGUCGUCACAGAGCCACGAGACUUAUGCUUUGGUUCUAAGAGUCAAGGCUCCGCCACCGCCAUCGUGUAGUCAGAUCGGUGCCUCGCCACCGGUGGAUCUUGUCACGGUUGUCAACGUCGGCGCCGGCAUGAGCGGCACGAAGCUUCAUAUGCUGAAGCGUGCGAUGCGUUUGGUUAUCUCAUCGCUCGGCUCCGUCGACCGGCUCGCAAUCGUGGCUUAUUCGGAUUCAUCGAAACGGUUGAUGCCGCUGCGGAGAAUGACGGCGCAGGGACAGCGGGUGGCUCGGCGCAUCGUCGACCGCCUCAUCUCCGGCCGACAAAUAGCCGCCUCAGGCGGUGUAGAAGCUCUGAGGAAAGCAGCGAAGGUUCUAGAAGACCGAAGGGAAAGAAAUCCGUUGGCCUCCGUUGUUCUCUUCUCAGAAACAAGUAAUUGGAAGAAUCAACGAGAAAGCUUCGGCUUCAGCCACGUGUCUUCCCGGUUCACCUUUAUAGAAGUCCCGGUUCAAUCGUUUGGGUUCGGGAAAAGAACCUUGUUCGGCUUCCAACCGGAUGAGGAUCAUUGUGCGAAGCGCAUUGAGGAAUUAUUCAGCGUAACGGUGCAUGAUUUAACAGUUCAGCUCGGAGUUUCAUCGCAUCAUGCUGAGAUCAGAGAUGUUUAUUCCUGUAAUAAUGGACGGCCCACAUCGCUUGGCUCUGAAGCCUUUACGAUUGGCGAUUUGUACGCUGAAGAAGAGAGGGAACUGUUGGUGGAGUUGAGAGUGGCCACGUCAGCAUUGGGAAGCCAUCACGUGAUGAACGUGAAGUGUGUCUAUAAAGAUUCGGUGAAACAGGACACUGUGUGCGGUAGGGAGCAAGCGCUUCCAGUGGCGCUACGGCUUGGUGGCAGAGCCGAGAGGCUUAGGAAUGUGUUUGUGACGAGCCGAGCCAUUUCCAAGUCAAGGAAACUGUUGGAUCAGAAUGAGUUUUCCAAUGCUUAUUGUGUGGUGGUUUCGGCUCGAGAGCUUUUAGCUCAGUGUGGCUCGGCUUCAGUGGACGAGGCUGAGCUGGCAGAGAUUCAGUGGCAGAAAGCACAGUAUGAGAGGCAAGGGAGGGCGGUGGAUGAGAGUGGCGAGGAGGCAUUGACACCGACUUCAGCUUGGAGAGCAGCUGAGAAGCUGGCUAAGAUGGCAACAAUGAAGAAGUCAUUGAAUAGAGUCACUGACUUGCACGGCUUCGAAAAUGCUAGGUUCUAG